GCGCUCAUACAGUGUUGAUGGAGGAGCAGAAACAAGAGCUGAACUGUUGAAGGAAUAAAUCAUGUCCUGUUUCAAGUCUUCUCCUGCACCUCCCUACCCAGAUUAAAUGUGCUUCUAUUAACACGUCAGGACACUCCACCAAGAGGAAUGUGAAGCUGCUGAAAUAGGUUAAACAUAAGAAUAUGGCAUCCAGAACAUGUUCCAGUACUCAGCAAACAUCAUCUGGUACCCUCGACAUGAACACUUCUCACAGACCAACACAGAACUGCAGCAGGAAGAGAAAUCACUACUGUUUGGAGUGUGGAAAGAGUUUUACUGUACAGAGUCAUCUCAAAACACACCAGCGCAUUCACACAGGAGAGAAACCGUAUCACUGCUCAGAGUGCGGGAAGAGUUUUACUCAACAGACUCAUCUCCAACGACACCAGCACAUUCACACAGGAGAGAAGCCGUAUCACUGCUCAGAGUGUGAGAGAGGUUUUAAUUGUCAGAGUACUCUCCAGGAACACAUGUUCACUCACACAGGGGUUAAACCAUAUCACUGUUUAGAGUGUGGGAAGCAUUUUACUCAGCAGAUCACUUUGAAAAUACACCAGCGCAUUCACACAGGACAGAAGCCGUAUCACUGCUCGGAGUGUGGAAAGAGUUUCAAUCAACAGAGUAAUUUCCAACAACACCAGCGCAUUCACACAGGAGAGAAACCGUAUCACUGCUCAGAGUGUGGGAAGAGUUUCAAUCAACAGAGUACUCUCCAACGACACCAGCGUAUUCACACAGGAGAGAAGCCGUAUCACUGCUUAGAGUGUGGGAAGAGUUUUAAUCAACAGAGUCAUCUCCAACAACACCAGCGCAUUCACACAGGAGAGAAGCCGUAUCACUGCUCAGAGUGUGGGAAGAAUUUUAAACAUCAGAGUCAUCUCCUUCGACACCAGCGCAUUCACACAGGAGAGAAGCCGUAUUACUGCUCAGAGUGUGGGAUGAGUUUCAGGCAUUUAAAGACUCAGAGUACUCUCAGAACACACCAGCGCAUUCACACAGGAGAAAAGCCGUAUCACUGCUCGGAGUGUGGAAAGUGUUUUAAUCAACAGAGUAACCUCCAACAACACCAGCGCAUUCACACAGGAGAGAAGCCGUAUCACUGCUCAGAGUGUGGGAAGAAUUUUACUCGACAGAGGACUCUCAAAAUACACCAGUACAUUCACACAGGAGAGAAGCCGUUUCACUGCUCAGAUUGUGGGAGGAGUUUUAAUCAACAGAGUAAUCUCCAACAACACAAGCAUAUUCACAGAGAACAGAAGCGGUACCACUGCUCAGAGUGCGGAAGGAGUUUUAAUCGUCAAAGUUAUCUCCAAGAACACCAGCGCAUUCACACAGGAGAGAAGCUGUAUCAGUGCUCAGAGUGUGGGAAGGGUUUUGUUGUACAGAGUCAUCUCCAAAAACACCAGCGUAUUCACGCAGAAGUUAAGCGUUAUGAGUGCUCAGAGUGCGGGAAGAAUUUUACUGUACAGAGUACUCUCCGUCGACACCAGCUUAUUCACACAGGGGAGAAGCCGUAUCACUGCACAGAGUGUGGUAAGAGUUUUAACAGACAGAGCUCUCUCCAGCAACACCAGCGCUUGCACACAGGAGAGAAGCCGUAUCACUGUUCAGAGUGUGGUAAGAAUUUUACUCUACUGAGUAAUCUCCAAGAACACCGGCGCAUCCACACAGGGGAGAAGCCGUAUUACUGUUCAGAGUGUGGGAAGAGUUUCAGGCAUUCAAAGACUGUGAAGACACACAAGUGCACUAAGGGCAGUGAUGGAAAUGGGCAGUAAUGAGUCUUACCUUAACAUGUUCUGAGAGUAAAAUAGUACAGGGAAUAGUGUUUCCAGCCCAGAUUUCAAACUGUUUGUGUAUUUUUUUUUUCUCUUAAAAUGCUGUUUCUAAAGCAAGGGCAUAGAAUGAAAUAUGUUUUCCUUUGUUGGACACCAAGUCAAGCCUACAGCUUAUACACCCAAUAGGAAGGUGUGGUACUUCAGAUUUCCUCUAAAAAUAUUUUCUAUCUAAAAACAUUUAUGUAGACCUGAAAAAAUAUCCUUUAAGUUUAUGUUGAAUUGUGUUGAAAACACUCAAAAAGCUUCACAUUCCAUAGGAGGUUCUUUUCUUUCUAAUUUAGUAUAUCUUCGCUAGUAUAGUGUUUCUGAUGAAAUUAUGGCUGUUUUUACAAACACUUGACAGUGUGUUUGGCUCCUUUGCGUCCCUCUUUUGCUCCUUCGAUUCCUACAGAGUAACUAUUUAAUGCUUGUUGCAACAGAAGUGCGACUUUGUCUUCCCCUUCAGAGUGUUCUUGUUGAGGACUAUAACAAAGGAGAAGAAGUUUUUUUGUGCUGGGCAGAAAUCAACAGCUUUGUAAAGAAGAGAAACAACAUAAAAUCCACGAUGAACGACUGCAAGACAUCAAGCUAUCUGAGUGAUAUACUGGUGACCUCUCCUCAGUAUGGUCUAUGGAUGCCUGCUCUGCAUCACAUAAAGUUGCAUACAGGCCAGACUACGACUCAUCCAUGAACUUUCCAUUACUUUUAUAAAUACUUUUUAAAGACUUGUGAUGCUUGGACAUUGAUUGUUCCUUGAGAAGGGCACUGUGACAAGAGAUAAGGACUUGUUUAUGUCCAUCUCCAGUUUAUCCUACUAGACAUGGCGGUGGCCUAUUAUAUAGGAGUUGGAACUGGGUAAGAGGUGACCACUUGGGGUUGUUCAAGGCCUUGGGCCUGACUAAGAGCAACUCUUGCAGACAUCAUUAAAUGUGCAUGAGGGACACAAUCUUUGUUGACUGAAUCUCACCAAUGACACUGAACUAAUCCAAAUCUGCAUUAUACUAGGUUUGAUUUCUAAUAAUCAUUCAAUAUUUGUAUGCAAAUCUAUCUGUAGAUUGUCUAACUUACAUAUAAUUCGCAUAAAGGUGCAACUCCUUUGACCAAGUUAGACCUGUGUUAGAAAAUGGGGAAGAAAUCUGCAGGUGCUCUCAACCCCCAUUACAUUACCUUUCCUGCUUGCUCUCUCUCUCUCUCUCUCUCUCUCUCUCUCUGUUUCCUUCUUAGUUUUAGCCUACUGAUUAAUUUCUUUAAGUUGUUGUUAAGUUAAGCCUUUGUGUGUGAGGUUGUGUGUGUUUUUGUCAACGUGUUAACCUGUUGAGAUUAUUUUUCUCCACUUUAUCUAUUUGAAUUCUUUUAAUAAUAUUUCUUUUUCAUGUUCUGUAAACCUGGAAAUAAUCCAAUUAAAUUGUGUAACACAUUCUUC